AACUCGGUUAAAUAGUGUAGCACGCUUUCGAAAAAUAAACAUUUGGUCAAAGCAUUUGGAGUAAAAGGUUUCCACAAAUGCUCUAUAUAGUCUAUGAAACGCAGAUAUUGCAUGAUUUGCACACACAAGAUUCACUCCCCUUGGAGUGACAAACGGACUCAAAUAAGAGAUGGCAAGUUGCCAGUUGAACAAGAUGAUAACCGGUCUGUUUCUAAAACCAAUUCAAAGUAGAAAGCGGCAUGGUUCUCAAUAUUAAUGGACCACCUACGUUCGUUUGUAAUAUGGGCCGAAUCAGGCGUAUGAUAGAUCCAACUAAUACAUCCGACCCGACCCGAACUUAAAACCCCCACCUUCGUAAAACCACAAAAAAACGUCGCUGAGUCCGAGAAGAAGAAGAAGAGUCAACAUGGCGGCCAACGGCGUGAGAAGAGCCCUUCAGUCAGCGUCAUCGACGGGGAGAAUACUCUUCAGUCGUUCAUCAGCGAAGGCAUCUUCCACUCCGAAACUCGGAAAAGCAGCUGGAUUCGCUUUCGGGAAUGGAUCAUCUUCAACUUCAUCUCGCUCGUCACUUCGCAGGCUCGCAUCCUCCAGGAUCCCAGUGGAGCUGAGUGCAGGGAUACCUUUACAUAGUGUGACUGCUUCAGCCUUGCUCACUUCUUUGCUGUCUCUCAGCAAUCAAAGCUGGGGUUGCCUUUCAGAAGGAUUUGGGACGACACUAUAACAUUGGCCUGCAAGUUUUUGUAUUACUUGUCAGAUUUCAAGAAGCUUGUUUCAUUUCAUCAGUUUUACCCAGAGGUUUAAGAUAUCGAAGUAGCAACAGAAACACACACACUCACUUUGCUUUCUUCUAAGGAAGGGCUCUUUUGUUCGGUUUAUUUAUAUAAUAAUUGUCAUCUUCAGUUUGAUGAUUUUGUUACCUUAACACUUGACUACUCAUUUUGCUGAUUCGGAUAGUAGUAGUGGUUAAUCUGUGCCCCCAGUUCUCUACCGGAAGAAUUUGGUUCCUCAAAUUGGCUAAUUACAAAUCAAAUGACCUAACUUUGAGCUAAUUACCCCUCAUGCGACCUUACUCGUUGUUUCUUCUGCUUUCAGCUUAGAGUCUAUUGUGUUCUUGAUGUAAAAAAUAUAUAAUAAGAGUUACACUGAAGUGAAAACAAUUGAUUAACAUGUUAAUGAAGCUAAGUUUUUGCUAGCUCAAAGAAUACAAAUGCAUAAAUAACAAGCUUUGGUAGAAUCAGAUAACCCAGAAUCAAGCCAAGAAAGAACCGGAGGCCAAAGCAAUAACUGAAACCAUGAGACUUGACUCUCCACACUGGUCUGGUUAAAGAAACCUUCUCUUGACUCUCCUGGAGAAGUGCUUGAGCCGUGCGCUCUUCAUGGAACUUGAUCACCGGAUUUUUAUGCGCUACAUUGUAGGACACAGCCGAGAUCACUAUAACGACAACUACCACAAUAUGAUGUGUAGCUUCUAUUUCUUUUUCCACUGUAUAGAAUUAGAAACUACAUUUUU